CCGCCGUGAUCCUAGUGUUCGGGUUCAGAAAAACACAUACAAACAUACGUUAACUUCAACACUCAAACACACACACACAAACCAACUGUAACACACGCACGCGCGCGAUCGCGCCUCUCUCUAACCCACAUAAUAUCCGUCCUCGGCUCGCAAUUAAUCGUAGUAGUGUAUUCUGCUGCUUCCGAGACGUACAUUCGUGUGUGGGUUAUUAACGUUUGAGACUGCACAGAGUCAGUUUUAAUUUUUAAUUUUUCAUCUUUCGUUUUCAACAACAGAAAUAAUGGCAAAGUUCGCGAUCAAAGCCCUCGUCGUCACCGCACUGGUGUGCCUCGUUUUUGACUUGGCCGCGUCCGAUAACAGUCAACAGCAUCAUCAAAACGAGGACUUACACCAGCAGAUGGCCGGGCACGUCGACAAGGACACAUCUGCGGAGACCACGCCGUCACCCAGCACGUUCAAGGACAAGUUCAAGGGAUUCGUGAGCAGCGUCAAAGAGGGAGCGUCCGAAGCGCUGGACAAACUGGACGAAAAACGCAAGGAAGCGGUUGCCGGCACUAAGAAGCUGGUGAAUGGCGCCAUCGACAAGAUCAAGCACUCGUACGACUCGUUAAAGAACGGCAACUCCGAGGAGAAUGUACCAAGGGUUCCGGAUUCGUCGUCGGAAGAACAUGUCAAGAACGCCGCCGACAAAGCUAAGGAAGCCAAAGACGCUGUUGUCGACAAGACUCAGAACUUCAUGAAAUCCGAAUAAUUCAAUUGAUGACCCGUCAUAUAUAUACGACCCACCAGCUCUCCAAUCACACUACAUAUUAUGUUGUGAUAAUAAUAUAUCAUAUCGCAUUAUAAUAUUAUUAUUUAUUACUUUUUUCAUGUAUUAAUAACAGUCACAUAUUAUGUUAUAAGCUUCCUCGAGAAUCCCGUGACAAUAUUUUUUGUCUAUCGACAGUGCCCAUAAUCGCGUUACAAUAUAUGAUGGUAAUAUUAGCCAUUUGAACAGUAAGAUCGCCUUGUAAUUAUGCAUGUAACGCGUUCUGCGGUAGAUUGUUUUCCAUUUUUACCUUUAAAACUUCCAGUACAUUUUAAAACGUAUUAUGUUAGCACGAUAUGCAUAAGCCGACAAUAUUGUUACUGUUAAUAUUGUCAAUAUAUUAUUAAUAUUAGCAUUACUC